AUGAAGAAAGAAAGAAGGGAUCAAUACAGAAAGGCUAAAAAACGGAUAGAAGAAGAAUGGAAGGAAACAGAAAUUAUAAGGUUAGUGUGUUUUUAGGUAAGAUUAUAAUUAUAAGACAUUUGCAUACUACAGUAUGUGCAUUGUGUGGAAAGAUUGCAAUUUGGAAUUAAAUCAUAGGACGUAGCACUCUUUACAUAUAACAUGACUAAUUAUAUGGCAUAUGCAUCGAUAUUACCAUGCACAUUGUUUACACUACUGUACACUAUAGGUUAUGUACUGAUUUCUGGGUGGUAGAAAUGAAGUUCAAAUUACCUGGCAUGUAAUUAUACUCCAUAGUACAGUAAGACAAUAAUAUAUUAAGUGUUAUUUCGACUAAAAAAAUAGUCUUGUAAAUUGGGUGUAUCUACUUAUAGGUGUUUUGGCAACAGACAGUCGCUAAAGUCAAGACAGAAUGAUCGUCUAACCCAGGCAUUCGAGCCAAGAGUGAGUCCAGAACAUUCCCAGGAAACCAUAACAAAACGAAGUCCUGUUGGAGUAUUUGACAACAUGACAUGGGACAAAGAUGCUCUGAAAUUGGAAGUUGAAUCGUAUGAAGAUGGCAAGUUUGUUAAUUGGUCCCAACUAGCAAAAGAAUAUAAUGUCACAAAUACAAAAGGAGAAAUUGCAGAAAAUGGUGGCCAGAUUGCAAAAGAAUGGUUGAAAUCGGUGGGUGUUGACACUGAACGAUUCAAACGAUACAACACAAAUUCUGAUGGUCCGCGUAUUCGACGAAAGAAGAGAAGGGGCUUAGGAGGGGAGAUAUCAAUUCCAACGCCACAAACAAAUGCGUGUCUGAAGAAACAAUUACAAGAAAAAAUCUUGCAGAACGAAUAUUCAAUUGGGAAUUUAAUUGUUCCUAGAAAGGUACGUACUUCAUUGUCUUAUUCUACCACUAACAAGUAAAAUCGUCUGGUGCAGGGUGCGAUAAUUCGCGUACCAACGUACCAGAGGUACGCCAAAAUUACGGUCUGGUACUUUUUUGUUUUUAGUCGAGUACCACGUAGGUACACGAGAAUUAGCUAUUCGCGUACUUACAUUUUCCUUCUAGCGAUAACUAGCAAACCUUCCAAGGUAUUCAAAACCGUCAAUAACUUUAGCUGCACAAUGUAAAUUCCACACAUCCGACAUAUUUUGGGAUCAAACAAGGUUGUUAACUUUGUUAUAAGUGUUUAUUAAUUAUUAAAUAUAUAAAAUUCAGAAAGGUUUAAUUUUUUCCGUCAAAUUAAGACCGUGCAUUAUAUACGUAUGUGUAAAACGCAAGACUCGGAAGUAGCCUUAGGGCUUAGGUACACCUUGACUUUUAAGUUCGUACCAGCUCAAGUACUCGGCAAAAAUGGUUGGAGUACCAGUCAGGUACGGCUAAAAAUAUUGAAUUAUCGCACCCUGCUGGUGUUAGAGUGAGUAAAAUACUGAAGUACUGGGCACAUUUCCAGCUAAUGGUCGCAUGGGUUAAAUCAUUCAGUUACAAUGUACAGUGCACUCAUUACCACCAGAUGAUUCUAACAAGAUUAUUAUUUUAUUUCCUUAUUUGUAGUAUGAAGAAUUUACACUUAGUGAUGAUGGUAAAAUAAUUCGAAGUGAAUUUGUGGUAGAAGGUCGCAAGCAACCGUUGACAGUUAUCAGGGAGAAUUUUCUGAAGUCGCAUGCCAGUUACAUGAGAAAGAUGAGCAAUGAAGAAUUAUCUGAGAUGUCAAGAGACGAAUUAAUAGAAAAAUUAGUUCAGGUCAAUGCAGUGUUCUCUGAUGCAGAUGAUAAAGAGGUAAUAAAAGCAAAGCUGAAAGAGAUUUCACACACUCGACACCUAAAAAUAUGGCAUGAUUUAUCAACAGUGGCUAAUCAUGGUCACCUGAUUUUCAUGGUUGCAUGCUUAUACGAUCCAGUCUUAUUUUACACAAAUGCGGAGAAUGAAAGUAAGACAAAGAGAAAAGUUGAUGUUGAAACAAUUAUUGAAUCACCUGAAGUGUACAUUGUUGCCAGGUCAAGCAGCUCCGAUUUAGAACAGUUGUCUUAUGUUGAAACGAGGUUAGAAUGCUUGGAAGAAAUCAGUCUGCCAUUAGCAACAGAAGAAGGGGAAGAAAUAGUUGAUGUGAUGAGGUUUUUUCAUGGUGACAACCCAGCCCAGCAAUAUGAGUGUGGCCAACAAAAGGGAGGCAACUUCUAUUGUUCAGUCUGUGGAGUACAUGCAAACCGUGUGUAUGAACUGGAUUACAGCUUUCGUUGCACGCACAUUUCAUUAAGUGAAAGACAGAAGUUGAUUUUAGAGGGUGCCAUUGCUCGACGAAAAACAAUGGCAGGAAAUAAUAAACCAGUCUACCAAUUGAAGAAAGCAGAAUUAUUACAAGAAUUGAACAGCAGAAAGAUAUACGAAGGGGAAAAGCAGGAAGAGCUGAAAAAGUUGCUGGUUGAUGAGCUUCAUGGAGUGCAGAGAGUCCCAGCUCUUCUUUUCACAAACCCACUGGCUAACUUGGCUUCAAUUAACAGUGACAAAUAUGAAAUAUUACCGUUUGAGCCACUGCAUGAUGUGGGAAAACAUAUCGAAAAUGUUCUUGUUGAGUUGCCAAUGCAUGUUUCACCUGAAGAAGCGACAAUUAUCAAUGAAACAGUUGAACUUUGUCUUGGUACUAAAGAAACAAAGAGAUGUUUUGACUACCGAUGUAGUAAAUAA